AAAGGGAGUUGGUAAAAGAAGCAAAGAGCAAAGGCAUUAUAAAUGCUUUUGGUUUGCACAAUCUUCUUCAUUCACACAACUCUAAAAAUGGAGCUUUGGCUAUGGCUGAUCGGAGCUUUGGUUGGUUCUUACAUUUUUGUAUUUGGGAUUCUUAGAAACCUUAAUCAAUGGUGUUUUGUCACUCGUCACCGCCGUCGUUACAAUCUCCCUCCCGGCGACAUGGGCUGGCCACUCAUCGGAACACUCCUCCCUUUUCUUCAAGCUUUCCGAUCGGGUCGACCCGAUUCGUUCAUUCAACACUUUGCGUACAAGUAUGGGAAAGUAGGAAUGUACAAAACGUAUUUAUUUGGGAGCCCGAGCGUGAUCGUGACGGUGCCGGAAGUAUGCCGGCACGUGCUGAUGAACGACGAACAAUAUGGAUUCGGUUACUCAAAAGCCACCAGAAUCCUCACCGGAAGUAAGGCUCUCAACACCGUCCCCAAGCCGGAGCACCGCCGUCUACGGCGGCUGAUUGCGUCAUUGAUCAGCGGCAACGAGGCGUUGUCGCUAUACAUAGGGCACGUGGAGGGGAUAGUGAUCAAGUGCCUAGAGGAGUGGGGGACCAUGAAGAAGCCGGUGGAGUUUUUGUCGGAGAUGAAAACGGUGGCGUUUAAGGUUUUGUUACACAUCUUCAUCGGAGCUAAUACCGCGGCUUUUAUUGAUAGAAUGGAGAAGCUCUACACUGACUUUCACUUGGGUUUCAUGUCCUCUCCCGUCGAUCUCCCCGGUACGACGUUCAGCCGAGCUCUCAAGGCAAGAAAUGAGUUGAUAAAGAUAUUUGAAAAUGUACUAAAAGAGAAGAGGGCAAAUUUGAAGAACAAAGGGGAAGAAAAUAGAAAAAAAGAUAUGACUGAUUUAUUAUUAGAAGUAAGAGAUGAAGAUGGUCAAGGCUUGGAUGAUGGCUGCAUUAUUGAUCUAUUGAUUGGUUUCUUCUUUGCUGGCCAUGAAACUUCUGCUCAUAGUAUUAUGAGAGCUAUCAUGUAUCUCUCCGAAAAUCCCGAAACCCUACAAAAAGCUAAGGCUGAGCAAGAGCAAAUUGUGAAGGCAAGGCCAGCUGAUGCCCAACACAAAGGCUUAACUAUGAAGGAAAUCAAACAAAUGGAAUAUCUUUUCAAGGUGAUUGAUGAAACAUUGAGGAAGACAAGUUUGGCCUUCACAUUAUCAAGAGAGACAAAAGUUGACGUUAACUUAAAAGGCUACACCAUUCCAAAGGGAUGGAAAAUCCUUGUUUGGACUCGAGCUGUUCAUAUGGACCCUGAGAUAUAUGAAAAUCCACAAAAAUUCGACCCCUCGAGAUGGGAUAAUCCAAAAAGAAGAGCUGGUUCUUUCAUUCCAUUUGGAGCAGGAAUGAGACUUUGCCCUGGAAUUGAUCUUUCCAAACUUGAAAUAGCUAUUUUUCUUCACUAUUUCAUCCAUGGUGGCUUCAGACUUGAGAGAGUAAAUCCAAACUGCCCAGAGAAUUAUCUGCCAUUGCCAAGGCCUACAGACAACUGUCUUGCAAGAGUUGUAAGGGAUUCAUGAUCAGUGUUGAAAAUCAAAGAAGAUCAAAAAAUGGGAUCCCAGUUUCUAACUUUAAUUUUCAACUCAAAAUAUAUAUAAUAUAGUUUCAUUAGGAACAUUUCAAUAUUUUCCUUCAAUAUAUAUAUAUAUAUAUAUAUAUACACGUAUAUAUAUUUAUAGUUUUUUAUGGGUUUAAUUAUGAAUAAAUCAUCUCAGUUUUAUAUGCUAGAGAUCAAAGUCUUGUUAAUUUUCUGUGCAGAAAUC